AUGUGGGGGCGGAUCGAAGAAAUACCUUCUCCCAGAUAUGAUGAAGAGGAGACUCCGAAGUUUGAGGAAAUCGGUUCUAGACGUUUCUAUAUAUCCCACCGUCGAUAUCCAGUGCCUCGUCCUGCGGCCGAAGAGACUUGUCGCCGAAUGGGUGGCUACUUAGCCGCAAUUAAAGACCAAGAGGAACUGGACGCCAUUAAGGCAAAAGUCAAUAGGCACGUCCGUUACUGGCUGGGCAUCAACGAUCGCGACAAUAACGGCACCUACGUAUCCCAGGCCUCCGGAAAGGUUGCUCCAUUUUUGAAGUGGCGGGCGGGAGAACCCAACAACAAGAAAGGCGAUGAGCACUGUGUCGAACUUCUGGACGGCGUGAUGAACGAUGUUCCGUGUUCCACGGCUCUUUUCACAAUUUGCCAAGAAGACAAUAAUGUUUAG